GGGGGCGAGUAUCCUAUCUAGGAUGAUGUAACAUCCUAUUCAAUUUCAAGCCAAGUAACAAUACUCCAACUUACCUCACUGCAAGCAGAAACCGGAGUCAUAACCUGGCACUAAUGAGUGACUAGCCCCAGUCCAAUCUCUUUUUCUUAGGAUCACGACGGACUUAACUUUUAUCUUCUACGUACAUUGUUGUUGCCGUUUGGUCAGCAGAAAUUAACGUGUGUGUUUUUUUAGUUUUUGAUAUUUUUUCUUUUCUUUUUCAAUAGCGAUUUAUAACGUACUUGUCGGUGCGUGGAUCACGGCAUGAUACUGUACACCGCGUAAUUAGCCUUUCAAAUGAAUGUGAAAACAUUUUCAGGUUCAAGGCUGUUGGCAUGCAAGCCCACAAGCGGCCUUAUAAACAACUAUAUAUUUUGUCGGUGUUACUCCUCGCUUCUCUGAAAUAACUGGGCCGGAUUACUAUAGAACCUGAAGUGCCAGAUGUUGUGGAGUCAGAGGGACCGUGAAUGAAUGUGACAGGUGAACGCCAUGUUUUGGAGUUUUGCAUUUAUUUUUAUUGCUGCGUGUACGAAGAGUUUACUUGCCUUUGAGUGCUCAAGCAAUGCUCCAGUGCCAUAUGGCGGUGAUCGAGUAAUUAGAGCUAGUGAUGCCUUCACGUGCUCAUGGGUAAUCACAGUACCCGAAAAUUACACUGUUCGACUUACCAUAACACAGAAAAAUGUCGAUUCCAUUGGAAAUACGAACUGUGCUAAUGACUACAUUCAAAUCCGAGAUGGAGCAAGCAGCUCAAGCAGUCUCUUAAAAACGUUUUGCAACUCGAAUCCGGGCCCUUCCGUGUUUCUUUCAAGUGGGACACAGAUGUGGGUGGAAUACAGCUCAACACAACCAAGCAACUCGUUUGAAGCGUCUUUCAAGAAGCGCCUGGACCCAUCUUUUUGCCCUAACAAUGUCAUUUCCAACGGAACUUCAGGAUCUCUGUCAAGUCCUCUCUACCCCUCAAACUAUCCAAACGAUAUGCAAUGCUCAUGGAAUAUCACCAGUCCAGCGGGAAGCCGACUGAUUCUCGUAUUUUACCGGAUAUGCCUUGGUGUCUGCACGACUGGCGUGUCAUGUGACUGUGAUAGUAUAACUGUAAGUGAGGUGUUCGACUCCAGGCAACUCUGUUCGGGAUCUGCUGUGAUUCCCUUCAUAUCACUGGAAAACAAGAUCUCCCUGUCUAUGUUAUCAGAUGAACUGUACUCUUUAAAGGGAUUCGUAGCUGAAUACCAAAGUGUAUUCAUUGAUGGAGCAUGUUCCCAAAUGGUACAACUGACGAACAUGAGUGGAUGGUUUUCUACUCCAAAUUUCCCUUCAAACUAUCCAGGCAGCACACAGUGCGGCUGGAAUAUUUCCAUUCCCGCUGGAUACAAGAUUUACCUUACAUUCCUGGAGUUUGAACUUGAAGAAUGUGGAAGCAGUUGUACAUGUGACUAUGUUGAAGUUUCUUACCACAGAGAUUUCUCAAACAAGAGAUGUGGUACCAUACCCUCAGGGGGAUGGGAAGUAAAGGAUUUCUCCGGAGAUAGUGUUAUGGUGAAGUUCAAAUCAGACAGUCGAUCAAACAAAAAAGGAUUUGAAGCAAUAUACACUUUUGUAUCCUUAGAUGGAUGGGACUCAAUCCCUCCUGGUCAUUGUCCAUGGACAGAAUCAGCUACAGCAGAGUCAAGAACUCCUGAAGAAGACUCAACUACUGACAGUAUAAAAACAGCUAUUGCUCGAACGGCCCAGAGUGAAGAACCAUCUACAGCAGAUGAUACAAAUCCGAGUCUGUCCACAGCUGACAAUCGCAACUCCGCGGAAAGGAGGCAGUUUAACAUUGUUUCAAGUUUAGUAGUAAUAUGGGCAAUUAUUUUACUUUCUCACUGUUCGGAAUAAAGCACUAGUCAAAGCAGUGGGUGCUUUUGGAAAGGGAUUGACUUACAACAGUGUAGCAUUAGUUGGUCGCUGAUAUGAGUGACCUCUGCUCUCUCUAUCUCUCUCGACUCUCAAGAAAUAUUUACAAUUUACAAUUAUUUCACAGUUUAAUGAGAUACUGAGGACUACUUUAGUUCGUGUGUAGCAACAUUCUCGAGUUCAUGAUUGACAUUCUAUAUAAGACAUAUGAAUUGUUAAAAAUAUAACUCAUCAACACUAUACUGACGAUUCAAAGUUUUAGUCGUUUAGUUGUCUCUUACAUUGACAUACUAGAAUUAUUUAGACAUUUACAACAUACUUCCAUACUCUCCAGGCAUCUCCAGUAAAGUUACAUUUAGUUUGAAGAUGUAUAUGGCCUUGUACUCAUCUUUUGCCUGGUUAGUUGGGUGAACACGAA